CCUACAUCAUGCAGCUCACCUCAAAGACAAGACACAACAUUUUAGAAAAAGACCAAAAAUGUAUAGUUAUAUAUCUCACUGUGCUGAGCUUAGAAAGUAUGGUGUACAGAAAAUAAUGCAAACAUUUCUGAGGACUCUAUCCUUUUUCCAAGUUCUGAUAUGUGUGACAAUGAAGAUCAAGGCUGAAAGUGUUUUUACUGGAACAGAAGGAGGCAGUGUGGAUAUCUCCUGUAAAUACCCUGCUGGAUAUCAAUAUACACCCAUGUACUUCUGCCGUGAUCUAUGCUCUUACUCUGAUGUACUAAUUAAAUCUGUAAAGGCUGAUACGGUCAUCUCUGAGGGAAGAUACACUGCACUAAACACUCUGUCUACACGUAGCUUCUCUGUCACCAUCAGACAGCUCACAUUAAAGGACUCUGGAGUUUAUUACUGUGGAGUGGAUAAAUGGGGCAAAGACAAGUUAACUAAAGUAAAGCUUACUGUCAGUCAAGUUCAUGCUGUGUCUACACAUGCUCCAGUGUCCAGGCAGAAUCAAAUUUCUGAAGUUACACUGCUAUUCAAUGCUACAAAAGUGAUAACAACUCCUUCAGAUCAUUCUACCUCAUAUGAACAAGCAUCAUCCACAAAUCAAACUCAACAUUCUUUAAACCCACAUGGACAUCUGCUUCCUGUUUGUGGAGGGGUGCUAGGCCUAAUGCUGUGCUGUGUUCUUGCAGCUCUUGUGAUUGUCUACAGGAAAACCUCCAAUACAUACAGUUCAUGGAAAUUAGCCUGCUGUUUACCACCUGCUCCUGAAAACCAAAUUCCAAAUUCAUCAGCUGAUCAGGACAUUUACCAUGUGUAUGAUGAGAUGUUGGCUGUACAUAGUUCAGCUGGUCCACCUGUAGGAGAUGAUUCUUCAGCCACCUACAGCACCAUUCAACUCCCUGCUCCAGCAGAUAAUGAUUGCAGUCCAUACUCUCUUGUAGCUCCUCACUGAAAACAGUUACAACAACCUAUAUAUGUGAUGUGCAUAAUACACAAAGGUAAAAACCAUUCUGUCCAUUUCAAGAAAAUAAGCACUCUUUUUGGGACACAAGUUUUCUUUUUAGCUGAUUACUAUCUUAUUUACACUUCUGUAUUCCUCACAUAUUUAAACAAUUAGCAAGAGUUUACCUGAGGUAUAUUAUAGGCACAUUAAGAGAACCCUGAGCUUUCUAAAAACAUCCUGUGACAAACUGACACUUGGGCAUCUACAUAGUGCUUCUGGUGGGUGACUGUGAGGCGUAUUUUAUCAUCCUGACUUGCAGCUCUUAUGGAAACACAUGUGCAUUUCCUACGUAUGCAAAUUGAAUGCACACUAAGCUAAACCAAGAGCCUGUCUUCACUGACCACCCACUGUUUCCUAACUUCUGACUAAAUGUUCCACGAUUGCGAAAUAGUGUUGGUGUUCACUAUGGGCUACACUUAAUGUAGGUGUGUAAUACAUAAAAGGUUUCAUAAAUCAGAACAAUCUCAGUAUUUUAUUCUCUGUGUCAGAAGUGGGUUUAACACAAAGUUAUCAAGAGUUCAAUUGAGAAGUAGAAAAUGGAGUAAAAUAGGCUUUCAUAUGUACCCAGUGAAUGUGUUAUUAUUAAAAUGUGACUGAAAGUCAUGUUUGGCAAAACUACUACUACUAUUAUUAAUAAUAAGAAGAACCAGAAGAAGAAGGUUAAAAAUGUCAGCUAUAAACAAAAAAAAUCUUAUCUUAGUAAAUAUUAAUAAAUGUAUAUCUAAGUACACAUGAAUGUUUAUGUACAGUAUCUCACAAA